AAAAAAAAUGAAGUGAGGAAAAAGAAAAUAAAGGAGGAGAGGAAAGAAGGAACACAUAACAAAAGACUCCCCAACCCAUGUAAUUAACCAGAUUCCUCUUAGCACGGCCUGUGCUUUCUUCUCCCAAGCCUCAUCCAAAGAAGGAAAAGAAGCAAAGCUUCCAAAGAUUGACUACUUGAAGGUGGCUGGAAAGGGUGAGAGAACAAGAAGAAGGGUUGAGAGAUCAAGAGAGGCCAAAGGGUUGAGGAAUGAAUAGAGGGGUGUUUCAGAGCUCUCUGGUGCAGCAGAUGAUGGGGGGAAGCCCUAGCUGGAGGGGCAUGAAUAAUAUGAGGCCACCCCCGGAUCAGACUUCUCCUCUCCUACCUUCUGCUUCCUCAUCCUCUUCUUCUUCAGUCUUCCCCCAGUACCACCAGCCUUCAAAUUUCCUUCCCAUGCCCUCCUGGCAUGACAACCAAGAACUGCCAGAGUCAUGGAGCCAACUGUUACUGGGAGGACUGGUCGGGGAAGAGGAGAGAUGUAGCUUCACUACUUUCCAACCUAAAAAGACAGAGAAUUGGGAUGAUCAGAUGGUAUACCCAUCAGCAAGUGCAUACAUGAUUGAUGUAAAGCAGGAGAGUUCUGAAGGUGGAUAUGCCUAUGGCCAUGGAAAUGGAGACAUCCAUGCUUCUAAGUCUCUUCUAGUACCAGUUUCCUCCCCUAUAUCUUGUGUUACAACUAGUUUCAGCAGCAACAUGUUGGACUUCUCGAACAGCAAGGGAGAGAGAAGGCAUCACCAAUCAGAUCAGUCAUCUGAGUGCAACAGCACAGCAACUGGUGCAGCUUUCAAGAAGGCUAGGGUUCAAGGUCCCUCCUCAGCACAAUCUACUUUCAAGGUGAGGAAGGAGAAGCUAGGGGAUAGAAUAACAGCCCUUCACCAGCUUGUUUCCCCAUUUGGAAAGACUGACACUGCGUCUGUACUGCUAGAAGCUAUUGGCUACAUCAGAUUCCUCCAGAGUCAAAUCGAGGCUCUGAGCUCCCCGUACUUGGGCGGUGGAUCAGGAAACGUGAGGCAGCCUGCACAAGGAGAAAGGAGUUGCAUAUUUCCAGAAGACCCAGGUCAGUUGUUAAAUGACAAUUGCACCAAGAAAAGAGGACCACCUGAGCAGGAUGCCAAUGAUGAGCCAAAGAAGGAUUUGAGGAGUAGAGGUCUUUGCCUCGUUCCAGUGUCCUGCACCUUGCAUGUUGGGAGUGACAACGGAGCUGAUUACUGGGCUCCAUCUCUUGGUGGGGGCUUUCGAUAGGUACAACCAGAUCUUGGCACGCUUGAGGCUUUCCAGAUGGACAUAACAUCAUGAGCAGUCACUCUGCUAAAACUGAAGGCUGAUUGCUCAUGAUGCUAUGCACUAUAUAUAUAUAUAUAUAUAUAUAUAUAUAUAU